AUGCCUCCCAAGGCCGCCCAUGCAAGGGAAUUUAUACAUCCUGAGGCCUCGCAUGCCCGAAAAAUAAAACCAAGUCUUUUCGCGGUAGAACCCAUCUAUGCGUUCUACAUGUUCCUGGCCGCCAACCUGGUCUCGGCUUUAUUCAAUCCAAUCCAAGACUGUGAUGAGACCUUCAACUUUUUGGAACCUACCCACUACUUAACUCAUGGUUACGGCCUGCAGACAUGGGAAUGGUCACCUGCCUACGGCAUCAGGGAUUGGCUCUAUGUCCUCCCUCACGCGGUAGUCGCCGGCGUGCGGCACUUGCUACCACAAGCUACCAAGCUUGGCGGGUUCUACUUCAUCCGUUAUACCCUCGCCUUGGUUUGUGCACUAUGCCAGACUUUGCUUUACCGCGUAAUCAGCCUCACAGUCCACCCGCGGAUCGGUGUCUUCUUCAUUCUGGCCUUGGUUCUUAGUCCUGGAAACUUCCAUGCAAGCACUGCAUACCUGCCUUCGAGCUUUGCCAUGUACACGGGCAUGUUGGGAGCUGCAGCCUUCAUGAACUGGACUGGGGGAUUCAAAACGGCCGCAGGUAUAGCCUGGUUCGCGGCUGGCGGUAUCAUCGGCUGGCCGUUCGCCAUGGCUCUUGCUGCCCCGUUCCUUUUGGAGGAGGUUCUGCUUGCCGUAGCGGCCCUCGGCAACCUGGACCAGUUCUUUCACGCAGUUCGACGGGUCACACGUGGUGUCCUGGCCGCAGUCGGUAUCCUUGUCGUUGAUUCGCUGGUCAACUCGUACUUCUACAGGGUAUGGGGCAUCGUCGUGUCAUGGAACAUCGUCAAGUACAACGUUUUCUCCAAAGGCGGUGGCCCAGAACUGUACGGCACUGAGCCAUGGACCUUCUACUUCAAGAACCUGGCGCUGAACUUCAACCUGUGGUUUGUGUUGGCUCUGGUCGCACUGCCGCUCUUCCUCUUGCAGAAGAUCAUCGCUCCGAGUGGCCGUGCCUUUUCCUCCUCCCUGCGGGCUAUCGUCUUCCUCUCGCCAUUCUACCUGUGGUUCACUAUAUUCACCCUGCAGCCCCACAAGGAAGAGCGCUUCAUGUACCCUGCCUACCCCUUCCUGGCUCUCAAUGCGGCUGUGUCAGCGCACAUCGUCCUCACUGCUGUCGGCCACGUCAGCAAAAACACGGUGGUGGGUAAGAUCCCCGCAUCUGUCAGGCUUGUCCUUACCGUGGUCGUCCCUUUCUUGCUUGUCGUAUCGCUGUACCUCCUGCGAGUCAUUGGUCUCUAUUCAGCAUAUGGCGCCCCGUUGUCGCUCUACGACCCCCUAGGUGCUGGGACUCGCGUUGGAGACGCUGAGCUGGUUGGUGGACAGGGCGACUUCGUGUGCUUUGGAAAGGAGUGGUACCGAUUUCCCUCUUCGUUCUUUCUGCCCAGGGACAUGCAGGCCAAGUUCAUUCAAUCCGAGUUUCGAGGCCUUCUCCCUGGGGAGUUCAAGAGGAGCAGCCUAUUUGAGGGCUUCAGCGGUACCUAUGUGCUCCCCAGCGGUAUGAACGACCAGAACAAGGAAGACCCGAGCAAGUACACCGACAUCGAACAAUGCAAGUUUCUGGUGGACACUCGCUACCCGUUGAACACGGAGAAGGGGCUGGGUUUGCCACCCAACGAACCCGACUACAUUGCAGACACGGCAAAUUGGGAAGUAGUCAAGUGCAUCCCAUUCCUGGAUGCUGGAAAUACUUCACUCAUUCCUAGAAUGAUAUGGGUCCCGAGCUGGAGCUGGAUUCCGGAAAAGUACCAAAGGAAAUGGGGCGAGCAUUGCUUGCUCCAGAAGCGUGCUUAA